UUCCGGUCCUCGCGUACUAAGCGAGGUCCCUGGUGUUCAACUCCAGCUGGGGCUGCAGAAGGCGACUGUGACCAUGGCGAUGUUUGAGCAGAUGAGGGCAAACGUGGGCAAGUUGCUCAAGGGUAUCGACAGGUACAAUCCUGAGAACUUGGCUACCCUGGAGCGGUAUGUGGAGACACAGGCCAAGGAGAAUGCCUAUGAUCUGGAGGCCAACCUGGCUGUCCUGAAACUGUACCAGUUUAACCCAGCGUUCUUCCAGACCACAGUCACUGCCCAGAUUCUGCUGAAAGCCCUCACCAACCUGCCCCACACCGACUUCACUCUGUGCAAAUGUAUGAUAGACCAGGCACACCAAGAAGAGCGGCCCAUCCGACAGAUCUUGUACCUCGGGGACCUGCUGGAGACCUGCCACUUUCAAGCCUUCUGGCAAGCCCUGGAUGAGAACAUGGACCUCCUGGAAGGCAUAACUGGCUUUGAAGACUCUGUCCGAAAAUUUAUCUGCCAUGUGGUGGGCAUCACGUACCAGCACAUCGACCGCUGGCUGCUGGCUGAGAUGCUCGGAGACCUGACUGCAAACCCCUAUGUGAGGAGGAGAAAGAGGCUAAUGCGCCCCCUGGUGGCCAAGUGGAGAAUGCGCUCCAGAACCCUGGCUUUGCCCUAAAGGAUGUCUUCCAAGCCUGCCGCUGUCCAGGCAAGAGUUGCGUGGAGCAGUUGGGCAAAGGGGGCUUGGCCUGGUUAGCCCCAACUCCCCCGCCUCCAAAGCCCCUGG